GCCAAUGCAGAUCCGUCCGUGAUAAACUGCUUACACAACCUCUCCCGAAGAAUCGCCAUCGUCUUGCAACAUGAGGAGCGCCGCUGCCAGUACCUGACCAGGGAGGCCAAGCUCAUCUUAGCUAUUCAGGAUGAAGUGUCUGCCAUGUCAGAAACCACAGAAGGGCCACAGUCACCUUUUCAUCACAUCCUACCCAAGUGCAAACUGGCCAGAGAUCUCAAAGAGACAUAUGACAGUCUCUGCACAACAGGGGUGGUCCGUUUACACAUCAACAACUGGCUGGAAGUGAGUUUCUGCCUGCCUCAUAAAAUCCAUUAUGUUGCUACAAACUUUAUACCCCCUGAAGCAAUUGAGAGAAGCCUGAAAUCUAUCAGGCCUUACCAUGCCUUAUUACUUUUAAAUGAUGAGAAGUCAUUGCUUAAUGAGCUCCCGUUGGACUGCUCUCCUGCCCUGGUGAGAGUAAUUAAAACUACCUCUGCUGUGAAGAAUUUGCAGCAACUAGCUCAAGAUGCUGACUUGGCAUUGCUGCAGGUUUUCCAGCUUGCUGCACAUCUUGUUUACUGGGGAAAAGCAAUUAUUAUUUAUCCGCUGUGUGAAAACAAUGUCUACAUGCUUUCUCCAAACGCCAGUGUCUGUCUUUAUUCUCCAUUAGCAGAUGCAUUUUCUUGUCAGUUCCGAGGCCACAACCUGCCGUCGAUGCUUUCCAAGUUCUCCCUCCCAGUGUCCCUCUCGGAGUUCAAGAAUCCGCUCGCGCCGCCCGUUCAGGAG